CACACACACACACGCGGACUUCAGCAUCACAGCUAGCAGCACUCUUCCUCUUCAGCUCAUGUUGAUCGCGGGGGAUAAAGUGUGAGUAUGGCAUCAGUUUAUGCGGUGGCACGCGUUUUUCUUUAUCUUAACAUCGUCAGAGUUUACUUGGUUAACUCGUCAGAACUGAACGGAGAUAUUCCUGCAACACAGCAUUCACUCCACAGUCCUGCCCGAGACAUGAUGACUGUUAAUAUGUACAGAGUGUAUGAUAAAUACAGCAAGAAGCACCAUCAUCAUCAUCAUCAUCAUCAUCAUCAUCAGCAACAACAACAACAACAACAACAACAACACCAGAACAUAAAUACAGUCCGAAGCUUUAGAGGAGUCCCAGAGAUCUCCCAGCACAAGGUCGUGUUCCACUUCAACCUGACCUCUAUCCCCGAUUCAGAGGUGAUACUGAUGUCAACUCUACACUUUCUUGACCAACAAGCUGGUCAGCGGUCUUGGGCCUGCCGGCGUUCCCGAGGAGCCGCAUGCCGUCUCCAGCUCCUUCGGUCCUCCACCAUCACACAUCUCAUCAUGAAGGGAACAUCGCCAAACGCUGCGGUCCCCUCGCAGCUGAGCAACAUCACGCUGUCUCCUAACAGAAAGGGGCUUUGGCAGAUUACAGACGUAUCAUCAGCUGUCAAACAAGCCCAAGUGAACGGCCAGCUCUCCAUUACUGUUGAGUUUGAGCAUCAGAGACGUCAGGAGCGCUGGUCUCCUCACAGCCUGCCGUUCAUUCUUGUAUACGCCGAUGACGUUGCAAUAACGGAGCCCAACAGUGUUGCUGUGAGUCUACAGAGAUACAGUCCAUCCCCUGUGCAUGAGGACACCAGGACCAGAGCACCUCCAUCUUCAUUCAACUCUAGAAUCAGAAGGGAACUAGAUCACCUGCAGAGCAACUAUCUACCUGACAUCCCAUAUAAUGAUCUCAAGAGCAGGGAGAUAUGGGACGGCGUCGCCUUUGAAAAAAAGCCCAAAUCCUUGUCCAAAGCUCAGGAAAAUCACGGAGGAGUGAGAGGGUCGAGGGAGCUCAGCUUUGACGAGAAGACCAUGAAGAAAGCCAGACGCCAGCAGUGGAGUGAGCCUCGAGUGUGUUCACGCCGUUACCUGCGGGUGGACUUCGCAGACAUCGGAUGGAGCGAAUGGAUAUUGGCACCGAAGGCAUUUGAUGCUUACUACUGCGCAGGAACAUGCGGAUUCCCCAUCCCGAAGGUUGUCAGUCCGUCCAAUCACGCCACUAUCCAGAGUAUCGUGAGAGCCGUAGGGAUCGUCCCUGGAGUCCCCGAGCCGUGCUGCGUCCCGGAUCAGAUGAGCUCUCUGACUGUGCUCUUCCUGGACUCCAGCAGGAACAUGGUCCUGAAGAUCUAUCCCAGCAUGUCUGUGGAGACCUGUGCCUGUCGAUGAACCAGCUAACGGACAUAAAUAUUCACACCCUGCAGAUCACAACACACUCAGCUGAAGUCGAUGGGACGAAUCCCUGCGAAUAAGACCUGAACACCUCAAAUUAUACAGGAUUUCCCUUCGCACACAAACAUUGUAUCAUCUUUCCAGUCUUUCUUAUUGAAUGAAUUGUAUAUAAACCUUAUUGUAACAUGUAGUCAGCAGAACUGUUUUCAUUUUGAUAAAGCAUUUCUGUAAAUAAAUCCCGUAACACUUUUCAUUAAGCUAUCAUUUGUUAACAUUAGUUAAUGCAUUGGGCAUCAUGAACUAUGAGCAAUAUAUUUUGUUAAUAAAAAUACAGUUUGUUCGUGUUAGCUCAUUAAUGUAAACAGAUGACUUUUAAAGAUUAAAACUUAUUAAUGGUCAAUGUAGAAAUGAACCAAGAUGAAUAAAUUGUUACUUAAUGUUAACUAAAGUAGUUAACUAAUGUUAACAAAUGAAACAGUUUUGUAAAGUUUCAAAACUUCAACCUAGGAAUUCAACACCUGGGAUCUUGAAUGGAAAGAAACUUUUUGGUAAUUUGUGAGAAUAUGAAGGAAACUCAGCAUAAUGCUGCCAUCUAGUGCUUCGUGAUCUGACAUUCAUAUCAAAGUUUCUCCUUCGAGGACAGACCUUUUAGAUUAGAAGAGAUACAUUGAUUAGCCAUGUCUAUAGAAAAGGAGUUAAGUGAUAGAUUAGUACGUUUUAAAAUAAAUAACAACCCAGAGGUUAUGAUUUCUGAUACUUUAUCAAAGCAAUUACAUGUCGAUUGUAAUUAUUUAUUUUCCAAACUGUAUUGUUUACAACUUUUUAUGCAAACAAUUUUUGUUUUUUUUCUGUAAUCCUGGAGGACUUUUUGUGAAUAAAGGUUUAAUGAGUUGUAUUAGGAAUG